AUGACGGAAGACGCUUCGGCACCCCAUGGUGUCCAAGUCAAACCACGUAUGCGAUGUCGAAGUGGCUGCUUAACGUGCCGGCGCCGCAAAAAGAAGUGCGACGAGACUCAUCCCUCUUGCGCAGGUUGUCAACGCAACAAUAUCGAAUGCCAGUGGGAAUCUAGUGCCUCACUUUUGGUACCUAGACGUCGCACCCCACGAUCGCGUCUCGCUGAGAGUAUUCUGCCAGAAGAGGCGCGGGAAAUGGUGAAUGUGUUCACUGUCUUAAAGCCAGAUAUGAUUACUCGCUUGCUCGGUCAUUUUCUCAAUGCCAGCCCAAGAUGGCUUUCAACUCGGACGGGGUCACGAAGGACUGACUAUCUCAAGUGGCUAUCCCCUGCUAUAUCAGAUAGCCCUCUAGUCCUGGACUGUAUUCUCACAAUUGCAUCGGCGGAUCUGCUCAAAUAUCACCGUGACGACCUAGAACUCCGGUAUGUUGCUGUGGAAUACUACGGACAAGCAGUAUCGGGACUUCGGGUAGCCAUUGAGAACGAGAUCGCUGCUUCUCCGUCAGACAACUCUCUUACUGAUUACAAUCCGCUCGCGGUACUUUUACUAUGUUUGCAUGAGGUAAUUAAGCUACAGCCCUCGUGA